AUUCAUCCGCUAACUGACUUAUCGUUGAUUUGAAUUCUUCUCAAUGCUGAUUUGACGUUUUUGAAUUUGCCGUUCAGGCUAUAUUUUCAGGUUACUGCGAAAUCAUCAGGCGAAGAGAAAAUGAUCAUUCGGGGUUACAAACAUUGUAAAUGGCAUAAAAAUAUUUUUAAACAAACUGAAAAAGAAAUUGGUAUUUCCUUCUCAUUGAAAUGCGUUGGUGGUGGACGCAUAUUACAUGAACCUCAAAAGAAAAACCUUUUUGUUUAUGGUUAUUCACAGAGAUAUGGUCCAGCAAAACAUGAACAAACAGUCAGUUUGUUACAGAAGAAAUAUCCGGAAUAUAAAAUUACAUAUUCAUACGAUGGUUACUAACUUUGACUUGAUCUCUUUUUUUUUACUAUGUAUUGUUUAUCUUUUUGGCGAAGCAGAUAUUUAUUCUCUGGAAG